AUGCGGCUUAACAUUACUACCGGGAAGGAAAAGCAUAGUGAAUCAUGCACGUCGAUAGCUGUUUCUAUUUCAGGAUACGUUAUUAGUGGUAGCGAUGACUUUACGGUUCGGCGUUGGAACAUGAAUGGUGAGGCCCUUGGUAUAGUCAAGCGGUUUGCCAGCUGUGUAACCCUGCUGACCUGGGUUCCCACGUCUGGCUGCCUGCGACGCGGGCGUGGGGAUCUGAAAGGUAAAGAUACUUGUCUUGUUGCUUGUUCAGAUGGUAUUGUUUCUUUUGUGAACGCUGCCAGUGGUCGCGUGGAGUCCACUAUAGAGGCCCAUGUUGGUAAUGUGACUGGUCUCGUGUAUUCUCCCGAAGGCAACUCACUUAUUACUGCAGGUGAGGAUGGGGCCGUUAAGGUGUGGUCUCAGGCGGGAAUCCCUCGUUCCACCCUAGCCAACACUGGAAAGUGUAUCUACACCUUAUGCUGGGGCUACGAGAAGACCGAGCUUGGGGGGGACUGUGUGUUGUAUACAGUUGGUUCAGAUGUUAUUAUUAAGCCUUUUAAUCCAUCAAUUAGGAAACAAAUUAAGUGGUGCGCACACAGUGGUGUUGUGCUUACGGCUGAUUGGUCUCUUAUGAGUGGUUUCAUUGUCACUGGAGGUGAGGAUGGUAUGUUCAAGGUUUGGGAUCCGUAUGGACGCGCUAUUUACACUUCUUCUAUUGGCAAGCAUCCUAUCACUUCUGUCAAGUUUUCCGCUGAUGGAGAACUCUUUGGAGUGGGCUCGUUUAAAAGCUUGCGUGUCUGUGAUAAGACGGGUUGGAGCCACAGCUACGAGAAGUUGUCAGAAGGUAGUGCCAUGUCUAUUCAAUGGACUCCUGAGGGAACACAACUUAUUGUGGGCUGCGGCACUGGUGCUGUCUGUACCGCACAGCUUAUCAACCACAAGGUCACAUGGGGCCCCUAUUGUGCCACGUUGGUGGACAGUCAUAAACUGACAGUGCAAAACAUCGCUGAGGACACUGUUGAGAAGCUCGAGCAGCGUGACAAGGUGAUAAAGCUUGAGAUUGGCUAUGGCCACAUCAUUGUGUGCGCUAUCACUUACUGUGCUUGUUACCCUGUAGACCGUCUCAACGCUCCCGUGCAGUUUGACCUGAGUGACGCUGUGGUAACCCUGAAGCUUGCUCCGGCUUUGUUCCUGCUGGCUGAUUGCAGCCAGGGCAUUCAGCUUUACUCGUACGAAGGCCGCAUGGUAUGCACACUACGGCUACAGCUAGCCCUGAAGCCAGAGAUUAUGGCAGCUGACCUUAUCUCGUUGUCAAACGAUACCGUCGCUAUGCGCAACCCCAUGGAUCACAAGAAGCUCCUUUUUUUUUCGACUAUGAGUGGUAAACAGCUCGACGCGUCGACGGUGGCUCACCAAGUGGACAUUGUUUCUGUCCAUCUUUCGCAGUUUGGGUUAAUCCACGAUCGUAAAGUUGCUUUUGUCGACCGUAACAGAGACCUCUUCUUGUGCCUCGCUCAGCACAAGCUGGGCAUACAAAAGAUCAGCACUAUGGCUUCCAGUGUCGCCUGGCACGAGAUGCAUGAGACGCUAGUUGCCAUCACGGAUGGCCACCUCACGAUUUGGUACUGCCCUUGUAUGUAUUUUACAAAUCGAGAUCUUGCAUUCAAAACUAAGGAGGUACAUGACGACGGUAGUGACGAGUUCAGCCCGAACGAUCGCAUCACUAGCUUUCAUAGCGCACGAGUGCAGAUACGUCGUGGAAGCGAUGGCGCUUUACUAACGCUUUCCGUAUCACCCUACCCCAUUAUCCUUUUCCAAUUCAUGGAGAAGAGUAAUUGGGAGGGUGCCAUGCGUCUUGCACGUUUUCUUAAUAGUGAUCUACUCUGGACCGUUCUUACUGGCCUCGCUCUGAGCAAGGGUGAACUGAACGUGGCUGAGACGGGUUAUGGUGCUCUGUGUCACCUUGACAAGGUGCGCUACCUUCAUUCACUCAAGGAACUCUCGUUGCCUGAGGCUCGUCAGGCAGGACUGGCACUGUUCCAACAACGCCCGGUUGAAGCAGAACGCAUCUUGUUGCAGGCGGGGCUUGUGUACCGUUGUAUUGACAUGCACACCCAGCUCUUUAACUGGGAGCGCGCCCUUGAAAUUGCGAAGGAUCGAAAGACACACGUUGACACAGUUAUGGCGAGACGUCAAAGAUAUUUGGAGGAGACCGCCAAGAAGGAAACUAUCACCGCCUUUAAGGAGCUAGAGGGAGUUAUCAAAGUGAAUUGGAGUGUAAUUGAGGAAAAAAUAAAACAAGAGAUCAUUAAAGAGGCAGAGCGCCCCAAUGCUGUGCCAUAUCACUAA